AUGUCGUCCUCACUACAGAGCAUACAGACCGCGAUCGAGCGCGUCAUCCUCGACCCAAAGUACCAUGACGUCCUCGCCGUGCUCAAGGGCGCGCGCAACGGCGCCGUGUACGGCACCAAGGUGCGGUUUCCGCACGCCCUGGUCAUGAUAUGUCUGUUCCGGUCUGGCACCGUCCGCGAGAAGGCCUGGCUCAUCUUCCGCGCCACGCGCACGCACGCGCGCAACCUGGCCAAGUUCGCAACGAUCUACAAGCUGACGUGCCUGAUCCUCAAGCACCUGGGGCCCACCCCGGGCAAGGAAGGCACGCACGACAGCCUGGUGGCCGGGCUGGUGGGCGGGUACAUGGUGUUCGGGCGGCGGUCGCCCCGGUCGGGCCGCAUCUCGAGCGUCAACCAGCAGAUCUGCAUCUACGUGUUCGCGCGCGUCGUCCUGGCGCUGGCGAAGUUGUCCGUGAAGGAGGGCUCGCCGUUCGCGCUUCCCGUGGUGUCGAAGGGGAAGGCCGCGGAUGCCGUCAGCUACUACGCCUGGCCUGUGUUUGCGAGCGCAAGCUGGGGCAUGGUCAUGUGGCUGUUCCGCUGGCACCCGGAGGACCUGCAGCCUAGUUUGCGGUCUAGCAUGAGCUACAUCUACGCGCAGAGCGACCACUGGGACGGGCUGAGGAACUUUGCGUGGCAUAACAAAUAG